AUGAGUCUGUGCGCAAGCAUCAAGUUCCACGGUUAUUUGAUUGUGGUGUUUUCGGCGCUGCUCACCAUCACCGUUCUAAUCAGUUCCGUCACCCUAAAGUGCAUCUAUCCCAACCGACAAGAUCCGACCAUUCCGGACGAUUUUCAAGACCUGAUCGACUAUGGUUGGUUCGACUUUAUCGGUGAUAUUGUACAUCUCAUCUCGAUCGGUGUGCUGUUCUACGGCAUCAGAAAGGAAAACCGCUUCUGUCUGAUCCCGUUCAUGAUAUCGAUCGUGUUCGAUUGGAUCGCGUACCUGGUCACGAACACUCGCAACGGUUCUGCGCUGCCCUAUCAAGUGUGGUUGGUGACAACAGCUCUCUUUCUCUACAUCUUUGUCACGCUCAUUGGGCUAUACAAGUUCUUUCAGAUGCAGCUCAAAGACGGCACCAAUCGAUCGGAAGAGUUUAACAAAACGAUGUGUUUGUGA